ACGGAUGGUUUACGACAUUAAUAUCUAUUUUAUAACAAUGUGUGCCUGCAUUUCUCAUAAUGGUGACGACAGAACAACCCAAAUCUUUUUCUCACGCAGAAACUUUCUUCAUAUACCAUAAGUGAUGCUGAAUGUGUCUGCCUUGAAGCUGGUGCAGCUGUUGUUUGUACUCAGUGUAUUCAGAAUAACGAGUGUCUCUGUGGUUACAGUGAGGAACUACAACAGCACGCCAAUAUUAACUUCUCUCUUCUGGUCAGAGUGGUGUAAUCUGUUAUGUUCAUACCAACGUAAGGCAGACACUGAAUUCCCCUAAAAACUUUUAUUACUAAAGGUUCAGGAGCAGGGUCACACCUGAACCACACCUCUAAUCACCUGGCAGGCUACUUUCUACCCUUUCUCUUCCCUUUCAUCCAUUCAGCUCACCCCUACCCUAUCCCUCCCUCUGCUCAUCACUUCACCCUCACGCCCUUCCUAUUCAAUCGGUGCAUACCUCUUCCACAUCUCAUUCCAGGUACCGUCUGGGGGCUCGAGACCGAACCCCCGCACUGAGUGUCCGUCUGCCCGACCUUCAGCACGUCGUCCCAGACCAACCUAAUAGAGGACAACUUCUGCCAGCUUCAUCUAUUCUUAGCAUCAAAACCUCCUGAAUUUCCCAUUAAACCUUUAAAUUAAACACGGCUGUGGUGCGGUCCUUGCUAGUGAAAUGAAUAUGAAUGUGAUUCCAUAAAUGUGGUGUUUAACAUCAUUUGGUUAAAGUGGGGGAUUGGAAAACGCUGCAGAGUUAUGAGGAAAUAUUCUAAAGUAGAAGUAUAUAUUUAAGAAACAGGAUUUGAAACCAAAAAGUAUGACCAAAGAGCCAAAAUAUAACAGAAUAAUGAUGUUUUUCUUUGAAUGAAUUUGUUGUGAGCACUUCAUAUCCUCUAGAGGGCAGACUCCUGCAAUGCAACCUAAAUCACCCGAAGAAGAAGAAGAAAGAGGAACAACAAGUUUCACAGCGUGCACAGUGAGGAAAUAAUUCUUCCCUUUUAGGAAAUACUAUAAAAAAAUCUAAAUAAGACCGCCAUGUUACUUAAAUGCAUGUUCAGUUUGGAGACUUUAGAGGCUCAGUUAUCCGCUGUAAUGGAGACUCUGGUGAAAGGGGCGGCGGCGGAGCUCAGCACACUUCUGGACCAGUACCAGUGCUCGGCUAACGCGAAAGCUCCGGCCGCCAAGCAGCGCUCAGUUCCGGCUACGGUAACGUUAAGUCCCAUGAAGACCGAAGAGGAGGAGAGCGAAGUGACUCCACCGGAGGAGAGGCGUCAGUGUAAUAAAGCUAUAACGAAGCAGUUUGCAUCCCUCAUGGAAGCGUGGGCCAAAGGUGCAGUAGAGAAAAUAGUGAUAAUGCUGAAGGCGUCUAUGUGUGAAGCGGAGGAUGGUCCUGCUGCCCCGAGUGACAAGACGAAACAGACGAGCAUGAAGACAAGAUCAGGGCGAGUGGCCCGGCCCCAAAAGCAAUCAGCGACCAGGAGCUCACGACAGAAGAGAAAGAAAAUGAAGGGAGGACUGGAAGCAGCGAUAAGAAAGGAGAAAGACCAUAUGUAUUACCGAGAGGAGCGACAGACUGAAGAACUAACGGCAGCAGCAGCUGACUCAGAGUCAGCCAUCAAAGCUGUUUCAGCUGACGCAGCCCCGCAUGAGACUAGCUCUGGAUCUCAGCCUGAAGCUACGCUAACAGAGCCCGUCUCAGAGCUGGCCUCUGAUGUAAGCAGGGAAGGUGUCGUCCAGGAGGACGCCGGCACUUCAUCUACCACAUCCAAGAUCAAAAAGAAGAAGACCACCACGGGGCCAUUCAAAUGCCCUUCUUGUGACAAAUCAUUUGCUCUCAAGUGUUUGAUGGACAGACACUAUCGGACUCACUCCAAACCUCACCUUUGCUCUGAGUGUGGCAAACGUUUCUCUGGACUCCAGGGGCUCAUCGCACAUUCAAGACGUCACACCGGAGAGAAGCUUUACAAAUGCUCAGACUGCGGGACGGAGUUUGCCUACAAGUAUACCCUCGACAGACACAUGCGUCGGCACAGCAUGAAGAAACCAAUCACCCACACGUGCGCUCUGUGCGAGGAUCAGUUCACCGGGCUGUCGGCGCUUCAGCGGCACAGGUGUUGUGCCUUAAAAAAGACGUUUGUGUGCUCACUUUGCCCGGAGACCUUCCAGUGCAGACAGAGUUUAGCCGAUCACGAGAAUCUACAUUCAGGAAACCGAGAUUUCAUCUGCGAAGUGUGUGGCGAGUGUUUCUUCUCGUCCUCGUCCUUGGCCACUCACCGGGUGACUCACACGCAAAAGGAAAACUGCUGCGACGCGCUCGGCCUCGGAUGCAGCGACCUGAGUGUCCUCAAAAACCACCUGAGCAAACACACGGGAGAAAAACUCUUCACCUGCAAGGUUUGCGGCAAAGGUUGUAGUCACCUGAGCGCUCUGAAGCACCACAUGCUGACCCACACGGGAGAGAGGCCGUACGUCUGCGAGACCUGCGGCAAGCGCUGCGGCCACGCCAGCGCGCUUCAGAACCACAUGAGGAUCCACACCGGGAAGAAACCGGGGCAGCAGCCAGUCUGCAACGUGUGCGGCAAGAAAUUCCGCUGCAUGGUCAAUCUCAAAUACCACAUGAGCAUCCACACGGGGGAGAAGCCUUACGCCUGCAAUCAGUGUGAGAAAAAGUUCAGCAACCCCAGCAAUCUCAAGUUACACGCGAUGACUCACUCGGGGGAGAAGAUGUACGGCUGCAACAUCUGCGGCAGGAGGUUCACUCAGUCCAGCAGCCUGAAGCUGCACAGACAGAUCCACACAGGAGAAAGGCCGUAUCGCUGCUCGGUCUGCGGGAAAGGAUUCACACACAACAGGGACUUCAAGAAACAUCAGAGGGAUCACCAGCCAGACGGAGAUGGAGCGUCUGAAAAAACUGCAGGAAAAAUCUGAAACAUUUCACGGUUGUACGCACACUCCCUGUACUUCUACGCUGACACGCUGUACACUGGACCUCAGGCUGGGCACUGCGGCGAUAAAUACUGUGAGAUGAUAGAGAUUUGUCCAUCGUCAAAGAUCAUUAAGUCCUGUUAUACAGAGUUGUCAAUCCCUUUCAUAUCCCCGGCUGCAUUAGGCCAUUACAGGUUUCAUUGCAAGUAUAAAAUUCUAAAUUAAACUUUGCACAUCUGGUUAUAUUGUCUAAAAACGGUUUCUUUAUCGAGCUCCCAGAAAAAAAAGAAAAUAAGUUCUACACCGUGACUGAAACUUGCAGACACUACAUGGCCAAAAUUCUGUAGACACGCCCACAUGUGGUUUUUGAGCCCUUAAUUCCAAAACCAGGAACACUAACGGCUGUUCCAACUUUCCAUCAGGGUUUGGAACCUGGCUCACAGUGGGUGUGGAAGUCAGUCAAGUUCUUCUUCACCAAAGUAGGAAAACUUUAUGGACCUAGAGGUGUUAGAUGGGGUUGAGGUGCAUGGGAGGGCAUUGUUAUCCUAAAACAGUCUUCCCCAAACUGUUACUGUUACGCCCACUCCUAACUGGAGUCUUGCAUUAUUGGGAAGAAUUGAGAACCAUGUUGUUCACAUGCUGUUCCAGAAAAUGACACAGACAUGUUCAAGCAAUGUAGCUUUCCCCGGACUGCCUACAACAUAUAAAUAAAGUACCCAGUGUGUUCAAAAGGACUUCUCA